GAUAUUACAUUAAAGCGAAAUAUAUGUCCUGACUUUUUUAUUCAUAAAUUAUCUACCAAUAAAAUUACCAAUAAAUAUUCCCGUUCAUUACCUUUGACCUUUUACGACCACGUGAUCUAGCUACAAAACAGUGAUGACCUAGCCUGGACCUAGCUAACCAGGGGAUUUUAUGCAUACAUUUCGAAAUUGUUGACAACAUUUACUACAAUGGACCAGUCUAAACAAGAGGAGGAAUAUGGAUAUGAUUUAUUCCCGGAGAGAAACAUGGGAAAAAAUAAGGGGAGCUCCAUCACGCAGAGCCUGUUCACUUUCAACCACAAGUGUCAGGUCAUGUUGCAGCUCGCCAUGGAAACUAGUCCGUAUGCCAAACUCCUCCUCAGUGCCAUGAAAAGUUCCGGUUGCAAAGUGUUUAAAGAGCGCCAUUUCUCGUGUGAGGACUGUGACGGGACGGUCAGCGGUGGCUUUGACGCAGAGUCUUCUCAAAUCGUUUUGUGUCAGAACAACAUCCACCAGCAGUCCCACAUGAACCGAGUGGUCACACACGAGCUCAUUCAUGCCUUUGACCACUGCCGCGCCCACGUGGACUGGUUCAACAACUUCAGACAUCUAGCUUGUUCUGAGAUUCGGGCUGCCAACCUCAGUGGAGACUGCUCCUUUAGCAAUGAAGUAUCCAGAUUCAACUUCGGCUUGAAGGAGCAUCAUCAGGAGUGCGUCCGUGGCCGUGCCCUUCGCUCCAUACUAGCUGUGAGGAAAAUUAGCCGAGAGGAAGCAGAGAAAAUAGUGGAUGAAGUCUUUCACACGUGUUUCAACGACCACGAACCAUUUGGAAGAAUCCCGCACGACAAGAAGGAUGCUGGCUUUGCCUACAGAGAUUAUAACAACAGAGAUCGAUAUUAUGCAAACCUUUAGUGUCGUCACAUUCUCAUUAAACUCCCAAGGGUGCUCUGACUGGCAGCGAUGCUGAUGAAGCUUUGCAAUGCCAGGGUCAACAUAAAAGCCUCAACAGAAUGACAGUGUGUUGAAAACGAUCAAAGCCUUUCAUAAGGGAUUUUCAGAGAAUAAUGAUUUGUCCUUGGAACAUGAAGAUACAGUACAUUUCAUGUUCUACCUUCAUUUUUAUACUAAUUCUGUAUGAAGGGAGUCAUUUUGCUGUGAGGGUAAAUUAUUAGACGAGGCCCCAUUCAAUUAUUUGUCAUUCAUUUUUAUUUGAUCAAUGGGUGCUUUUAAGGAAAUACAGGAUUACAUUUUUGUCCAUCAAUGUUUGCUGUUAAAAUCUGUUGAUGACAAACAAGGAUGUAUUUUUCUGUUUGCUCUUCAUCUUGUUGCCACAUUGACCUCCAAUCAUUUCUUGUAAAUAGAGCUAAUAGUGCUUAAAUUAAACCGAAUCAGCUUGUGUUUGAAUAAAAGUUUGAUUCCUC